AUGUGGAGCUUAUUCUGGGCUCUGCUCCCGCUGUUCCUCAGGCCGGUGGUUCGGUUCGCGGCGCGCGUGGCGGAAGGUGGGCCGGCGGCCGCGGUGGCGACGAUCCUGCACCGCGCCGGCGCACUGCCCAGGAACCGGGGCCUGGAGCGCCUCGUCCGAGACGACGCGCUCCACGGCCGCGGACAGGACUGCAUCGCCAGCUUCGUCGUCGGCGUCAUGCGCUGCCUCUGCUAGUAGAUUCGGUUGCCUAGCUAGAGCUAGAGAGAGGGGAAGUGGACUCCAUUGUUCGGAGAAAAUUCACCUCGAAAUUUGUAGCAGGAAA